AACAUGUCUGACAUAAAGAGACUGGUUUCCGCGGCGACAGCACAAUGGCUGCCUGUGGCUCCUCGGGCCCUCGCCAUCGCGUCUGGGGCCCGGCACCAGCGAAAGUCACCACAGUCCCAUCAGUAAGUGUGUGUGUCUGUGUGAAACAUUGUGAAUGUCAUCAUGCUCAAUGCUGUGGGAACGGCUAUGAAAGAGACCCCACUCAGAAGCCACAAAAGCGUCUUUCUACGCCUCCUCGCCGCCUUUUAGCCUCUCUAUUUAUCUUUGCACGGGGCAGCCGGAUGAGAAGGGAGGACUUUCUGUCUCACACCAUGUCCAGCAAACUGGCCCAUGACUGCUGCCCUUCUGCACCCAUGACUGACAUCUCAGUGUCACACUUGCACGGGCAUUGUACCAUCUCAAGAGGCUCAUAUCAGCCCCUGGAAUCUAACUUCCUGUACACUCCUAUCAACUACACAGCAAAAUUAUGAAUCACACAAAUAUCCCAUGAGUCCUAGCUAGCUGGGCUGAGUCACGGAGAAAUCCAGACAAACACAUCAUUCCUUUAUGGAUCCAGUUUGGACAUUGGGAUGCUACUCUGAUCCCAGUUUGCAUUUACAUCGCAAUUACAUACCACUUUUUCACGACUGAUACCAAAAAGUAUCAGUACAGCGAGGUAUGUGGCUGCUGCUGGCGGAACCCCCCCCAAUACCCCUCACCUUCGAAGCGGCGGAGGAGGCGGUUGUUGUAUUUCUGUCGGGCAGUGAAUGCGUGUGUUCAAGUCAUCAGCCAGUCAAACGUGCGUUUGAGCGAAAAAAAUGGACUGGCACAUUCAGCAAGUGAAAAGGGGUCAAUCGUCCUCUUCAAUCGCUCCUCAGGCCAUGAAGUGUUCCGACAGCUUUACGAGGAGACAGACGGUGAAAAACAAGCCAGGCGGCACAGCCGAAGACCCAAAUUCUCAGCCUGGCUCCCUCCACGAGUGAGCAAAGGAACAAGAGCAUCCGCCGUCCGUCGGCCUAGUAGAGCCAGCGAGAUGAAGAGACCCCAUGAUUACAGCUCAGACUCGGACACGGACGAGCUGAUAGAUGUGGGACAAGAGGACGGCUACUGCCCAGUUACCGGGUCCAUGUCCCCUGGCAGUGCAUCACAGAUUCUGGCACGAAAGAAGAGAAGAGGGAUCAUUGAGAAGAGGCGUAGGGACCGAAUCAACCACAGCCUGUCGGAGCUACGAAGGCUGGUGCCAAGUGCUUUUGAGAAACAGGGUUCCUCAAAGUUGGAAAAAGCUGAGAUUCUGCAAAUGACCGUGGACCACCUCAAACUGUUACAUGCUAUGGGAGGGAAGGGUUACUUUGAUGCAAGGGCUUUGGCUGUGGACUAUAGGACUCUGGGCUUCAGAGAGUGCGUUGGAGAAGUGGUCCGGUAUCUCAGUUCCCUUGAAGGAGAGUCUGUAGACCCAAUCGGAGCCCGCCUCGUCACCCAUCUCUCACACUGUGCAAGCGAGCUGGAACCCAUGGUCCUUCAAUCACCCCUGACUUCCACUGUGCCAUUCCCCCCUUGGCCUUGGGUGUCCUUCCCCCAGAUGUCAAACUCCCUGCCAGCUUCAUCUUCACCACCGUUCCCCAGUGGACGAAGAGAUCUCGCCUUGAUGGGGAACUAUCCCCCUGCCACAACCCUGCGCCUUGCACCGCUGGGCGGCUGCCAGCGAGGGGGGCCACCCCUCCUUACCCCCGCAGCUCUAGCGACAAUUCACAGGCUGCCAUCUCCUGCGGCAUCCCCAUCCUCAGGUCCGCCCAGGCCGACGCAGGCUUCCCCUCGCAGCACCUCUAGGAACUCGCCUAUUCCACCCACACCUUCCUCUUCUUCCCCAACUACCGCAGCACCUCUCGUCUCUUUCAGACCAUUUGCACCUCUAGGGUCUUCUACAAUCCAGCGGAGGGGCUUGAAUGGAUCAGGAAAGUCGGCCCAAGGAUGGGCGACUGAAAUUGGAGCUUUUUGAGGACCUUUUCUUAUCAUUAUCAUUUUUUAAAAACCCAAAUGUACAAGCGAUAAGAAAAAAAAUCAUGUAGCAAAUGAAGCAGCCAAUUAAUGAACAAUGAAGGACUGUCUCAUGUUUUUUAAGGACUUUACAAGCCAUAUCUGAUUGAAAGGUUUCUAAUCAUCACAAGUAUAGGAACUUGAUGACACCGCAUUGCGUGCAAAUGGAUGAUCAUCCCCACAAAAAAAUUCCAAGAGAGCCAUAUGUGUGUGUUCAAUAGAAAGCAAUGAUUUUUGAAUGGUGAUAUUUGUAUUAUUUUCCAGAUCAAUUAUGCAUAAAACGAUUGUUCAUGGCCAAGAAUGUUUCAGAAAGAAAAAUCUCCAUAAAAACCAAGUGCCUUAACAUUUGUUUGUGUAUUUUAUUGCCAUCAUUCAAAAGAAGUUUUGAAUCUCUUCCUACUAGUAAUAGUGCAACUUUACUCUCCUUGUAUCAUGUUCUUUUUAAAGUGACACUAAUAUUCCUAUCUUUACCCAUGAAUACAUUAUUGCCUGUAGAAUUCCACAGCUU